UCACAACAACAACAUCUCGAGAUAGUGUUUGCUAUCUGAUGCUCAAAUUCAGUUAUUAAAGUAAUCAGUGUUCGUUUUUUCGAUUGGUGGUUUGAUUAAUCAGCACAGCUCAACUCGUGAAAAUGGACGCGAAAAAUCAUCCGAUAGUUUCGACGAAAUACGGCCCAGUUCGAGGUAUUCAAAAGACUGCUGCUACCGGUGUAGACUAUUAUAGUUUUCAGCGCAUUCCUUACGUGAAAUCUCCGAUUGGAGAGUUGAGAUUCAAAGAUGCUUCGCCACCAACGCCUUGGGUGGAGACUUUGGAUUGUACCGCACAAGGACCGGGCUGCUAUCAGUACAGUAAAUUGCAGAACAAAAUAAUCGGCAGUGAAGAUAGCUUGCAUAUGAAUGUUUUCACCAAAAAUCUGGACAAAAAUAACCUAUUGCCAGUGCUCCUGUAUAUCCAUGGAGGAGCAUUUAUGCGUGGUUCUAGUGGGGUUGAAAUGUACGGUCCGGAUUAUCUAAUCCAGAAGGACAUUGUAUAUGUCAACUUCAAUUACCGAAUCGGUGCACUUGGAUUCAUUUCUUUUAGCUCCCCCGAACUAGGGUUGCCGGGUAACGCAGGAUUGAAGGAUCAGAAUCUAGCCCUCCGAUGGGUGGUUGAGAAUAUUGCUAACUUUGGAGGUGACCCGAACAACAUUACGCUUUUCGGUGAAAGUGCCGGAGGUUGUUCCGUCCACUAUCACAUGGUUUCCGAUCAGUCGAAGGGUCUUUUCCAACGUGCCAUCGUCAUGUCCGGGUGUGUUUUGAAUUACUGGUCAGUGAUCCCACAGCGACAGUUCAGUGAACGACUUGCUACUGCACUAGGAUGGAACGGUCAAGGAGGCGAAAAAGGUGCUCUGGAUGUUCUCAUGAAGGCAGAUCCGGUUGAGAUUGUUCGGCAGCAAGAGAGUAUUUUAACGGAGAAUGAACUUGAAAAUCGAAUUCUUUUUGGUUUCGGACCAGUUAUUGAACCGUACGCUAAAGACAAUUGUUUUAUUCCAAAAGACCCAUUGACAAUGACUCGGGAAGCUUGGAGUAAGGAUAUAGACAUCAUUAUUGGUGGAAACUCUGAAGAAGGACUUUUCUGUUUAAGUGGAAUCAAAGAAAAGCCAUCAAUAAUGAGUAAUUUAAAGGAUUUCCAAUAUCUGGUGCCACUGGAUUUGAAUCUGGUGCGAACUUCCCAGCGUUGUAAAGAGCUUGGAUUAAGGUUGAAAAAGUUCUAUUAUGCAGAUAGUGACCCAUCUUUCGAAAACCGAGACGGUUAUCUAACGUUAAUGUCAGAUAAGCUGUUUUUGCAUGGAAUUCAUCGUACUAUCUACUCUCGAAUCAAAACCAAGAAAAAUGCUAACACUUACGUUUAUCGAUUCUCGGUUGAUUCGGAUACUUACAAUCAUUACCGAAUAUAUUUUUGUGACAAAAAUGUUCGUGGCACUGCCCACGCCGAUGAUCUUUCCUACAUCUUCAAGAACGCCUUCAACGACGCUCCACCGAAAGAUUCAUUCGAAUAUCGAGUUAUGAUGAAAAUGGUUGAUUUGUGUUCUACAUUUGCCUCAAACAAUGGCAAUCCUAAUGGAGUGGCUACUAGCGAAUGGAAACCGGUCGGUAGCGAAAUUGGUCCUUACAAGUGUCUCAACAUCGCGAACGAUGGACUAAAGUUUAUUGAUUUUCCGGAAACGAAACGAAUGGAACUGUGGGAUUCGUUGUACCCUAAAGAUCAACUUUAUUGAAUUUCCCGAUAUAAACCCAUACAUAGUAAUACAUAUAAACGUUUAGUGAAGUUUGAAA